AUUGAAUUUCAUGAAAACCCCCCCGAUUGAUCAUCCCCUGUCUAUCUUUAGCGUUCUUCAUUGCAUGUCGUGUCUUGAAAUACACUUGGAAAGUUAGUUCACUUUAUCAUCUUGGCGACCUUACUUCCUUCUUUCCUUCAUCACAUCUUCUGCAUUUCCCCUCUCUCUCUCUCUCUGUAUCCCAUUCCCGGGCUCGCUCGUCGCCUUCGAGAUCGGUGGCUUCCCUUCCUCGCCUGCAUCGCCGUCAAGCUUGUUUGGUUCGAGGUUCUCGAGAGAGAGGCCAGCCAGCAGCAUCGUUGUUUAAAAGGACAUCAUCGUUCAUCUUGUUUUCUGGAGAAACCACAAGGUUGUGUCGGGGAGAUUCUUCAAGAAAGUGAUCAUGGUUCUUGGGUUGUGGAGGUUCCUUGGAGCUGUAUUUGCUGCAGUUCUCUUCCUUCAUGGAUCUUUCUCUUCAGCUGAAGCCAUGCCGCCUCGAACCUAUAGCUUCAUGCGCAACGCCACAUCGGCGCCGCCGGUCUCAUACUACGACUACAUCGUCAUCGGCGGCGGCACCGCCGGCUGCCCAUUAGCGGCGACUCUAUCUCAAAACGCAUCCGUCUUGCUCCUGGAAAGAGGCGGCUCGCCUUAUGGCAACCCGAACAUCACCGAAUUGGAAGCCUUCGGGGCGGCGCUCUCGGACCUCUCUCCGUCCUCCCCGUCGCAGCGUUUCAUCUCCGAGGACGGCGUCAUCAAUGCGCGCGGACGAGUGUUGGGUGGCGGAAGUUGCCUGAACGCCGGGUUCUACUCACGUGCCGCUCCUGAAUAUGUGAGGGAUGUGGGGUGGGAUGGGAAACUGGUGAAUGAGUCGUACACAUGGGUGGAGCGGCUGGUGGCUUUCGAGCCCGAGAUACGACAGUGGCAGUCGGCGGUGAGGGACGGGCUGGUAGAAAUCGGCGUGGUUCCCAACAACGGCUUUACCUACGACCACAUUUCCGGGACUAAGGUGGGCGGGACCAUAUUCGAUCGAUUAGGCCGGAGGCACACGGCCGCCGAUUUGCUGGAGUAUGCCAAUCCCAAAGGCAUCACCGUCCUCCUCUAUGCUUCCGUGCAUAAGAUCCUUUUCAGGAGGAAAGGAAUGCCAAGGCCCAUGGCCCAUGGAGUGACCUUCAGGGACUCGACGGGGGCCAAGCACAGGGCCUACCUUAGACAAGGACCCAAGAACGAGAUCGUCGUCUCGGCCGGAGCCCUCGGGAGCCCGCAGCUCCUGAUGCUGAGCGGGCUGGGCCCGAAGGCCCACCUCCAGGCCCACAACAUCUCGUUGGUCGUGGACCAGCCCAUGGUCGGGCAAGGCAUGUCCGACAACCCCAUGAACGCGGUCUUCAUCCCGUCGCCGAACCCGGUGGAGGUGUCGUUGAUCCAGGUGGUUGGGAUCACUCAAUUCGGGAGCUUCAUUGAGGCUGCCAGCGGUGAGAACUUCGCCGGCGGUUCCUCGACCAAGGACUAUGGCAUGUUCUCUCCCAAGAUUGGUCAGCUCUCGACGGUGCCGCCAAAACAAAGAACUCCGGAAGCCCUAGCGAAAGCCAUAGAGGACAUGAACAGCCUCGACAAGGCGGCAUUCCAAGGCGGAUUCAUCCUCGAGAAAAUAACAGGGCCCAUGUCCACGGGCCACUUGGAGCUCCGGAGCCGCAACCUGAAGGAGAACCCCUCCGUCACUUUCAACUACUUCCAAGACCCCGAGGACCUGCGGAAAUGCGUUGAGGGGAUCUCCACCAUCGAGAGGGUCAUCGACUCCAAGGCGUUCGCUACCUUCAAGUACGACUCCAUGUCGUUCGAGUCGCUGCUGAACCUGACGUUGAGCGCGCCAGUGAACCUAUUGCCGAGGCACCGGAACACGACGACGUCGAUUGAGCAGUUCUGCAAGGACUCGGUCAUGACCAUUUGGCACUACCAUGGAGGGUGCCAAGUAGGGAUGGUAGUGGACAGUGAAUAUAGAGUCUUGGGUGUGGACGCACUUAGGGUCAUCGACGGUUCCACUUUUAAUCACUCUCCCGGCACUAAUCCUCAAGCCACGGUCAUGAUGCUCGGAAGGUACAUGGGGGUCAAGAUAUUGAACGAGAGGCUCGCAAGCGAAGCGUCCUAGGAGAUCAUCACCAGAUGGGCGCAUUCAGUAGCUGCUCUCCAAGGAUAGUCGAAGUGUUAUGAGUAGAAAGAAGCACAAUACUGUAUCAGAGAGUGCAGAAAGAAGCAAAAUUAGGUAUCAGCUUUUAAGUUGGUGGCAGAAUAAUGCUUGGUAUGCUAUACCAAAUUCUGUUCCGUACCCCUUUGAAGAGAAUAUGAUAUUGGAUAUGCUUCCACGGUUC